AAAUAUAUUAUAUUACUAUUACGUGUGUUCCAAGCCAAAGCCAAGUCAGUCCCACAUCCCUCUCUUUCCCUGCCUCCGAAACCACUCGAAAGUGCAAGAAUUUCUGGGACGACGCGAGGCUGUUAAGUCCGAAAUAUUGUUAUCUGAAAGAAAAGGGUAACCAAUAAAAAAAACAGAAGCUAUUGGGCCGUUGAUUUAAGUAUUGUGAGUAGAUUGAUUUGAGAGUAUUUUGGUUUUGUGGGUAUUGAUGGAUUACAGCCGUUGAGGUGGGAGUGAAUGGGUGGUGGAGUGUGUUAGGAUUAUUGGGUGAGCCGUCGGUGGAUGAGUUUAAUCGGAGAAAAAUGCGCAAGUCUUUCAAGGAUUCCCUUAAGGCCCUCGAAGCUGAUAUUCAGUUUGCCAAUACCCUGGCUUCUGAUUAUCCAAUGGAAUACGAUGGCGCAUGUCUUCAGAUGAGAUUAUCCUACUGUCCUGCUGCUCAUUUCUUCCUCUUUCUUGUUCAGUGGACUGAUUGUCACCUUGCUGGUGCCUUGGGAUUGCUUAGAGUUCUCAUAUACAAGGUAUAUGAAGAUGGGAAGACCACCAUGUAUAUUCAUGAGAGGAAAGCCACUCUAAAAGAGUUCUAUGGUGUAAUAUUUCCCUCUUUAAUGCAACUUCAAAGAGGAAUCACUGAUGUGGAAGACAGGAAGCAGAGAGAAAUUUGUGCUGCCAAAUACAAGAGAAAAUAUGAGACGGACAAAGGAAAGCUCUCUGAAAUUGAUUUAGAGAGAGAAGAAGAAUGUGGGAUUUGCAUGGAGAUGAACGGCAAGGUUGUAUUGCCUAUUUGCAACCAUUCAAUGUGUAUAAAGUGCUACCAAAAUUGGCGUAUACGAUCUCAGUCAUGCCCCUUUUGCCGGGAUAGUCUCAAAAGAGUCGACACAGAUGACCUCUGGAUCUACAUCAGUAACAAUGAAAUCGUCGAUUUGUUCGCUAUCUCCAGGGAGAACGUGAAGAGACUUUUUAUGUACAUCGAUAAGUUGCCUGUCAUUGUUCUGGAGCCCAGAUUUGAUUCAUACGACCCUUAUCACCGUUAACAGACUAGAUGCUGGCCGGGCUGGUGAAAAAACUUGUACAUAACAUUUUGUGAAUUGUACAUAAUUCAUGUCUCCUGCAAGAUGGCUGAUAAGGUAAAUUGUUUUCAGCAUACCUCAAAAGUAAAUUAUUUGAUUUUUUUACUUUUGUUGAUAUGCAUUAUAUUUUAUAGUUUGCAGUACAUCAUAGAACGGUUGACAUGGCUCAAACUUUGUGCAGUAUAUUAUAAUUUUGAGUGAUUAUAAUACUCUGGCUGUUCACUUAA